AUGACCAUGUUCGUCUGCUGGCGCAGUACAAGUGGAAAGGUGCCUCUGGUCGCAGCGGAAAGGCGUCUUUACUGCUGUACGGGAAGGUGUGAGACAAGCGCCAAGCCCCACCUGAACUUGAGACCUGCAGGCAACGCGUGUUUGGAAGAAGAAUACCGCUCUCCCUGGAACAGCAGCAAUGUCCCUCAGCAGGUAUUCCACUCUGUGAAGAUGUGGAACGCCGUGAACAAAUUCCACGUUCCUUACAAGAGGAGACGUCAAAAGUUCUUCAAGAGCCGAGAUGAGCUCCAGCGGGAAGUGGAGGAGCGCGUGGCCCUCAGGACAGUCAGGGCCGGGGACGGACCGUUCUCGGGAGACGACUGGGACGCGUUUUUACCCAAAAAGGAUCUGAGGGAGCUGCUGGGACCAAUGAAGCGCUGUGCCGUCGUCAUGUCCUCAGGCUCCAUGAGGGACUCGUCGCUCGGGUCGCAAAUCGAUGAACACGACGCAGUUAUUCGCUUCAACGCAGCUCCAACCAAGGGCUUCAGCGCAGACGUGGGCAACAAAACGACUUUGCGCCUCAUCAACUCCCAACUCAUGACCGUUGAGGCGAAAUUCCUGAGCAACCCCUUGUACCACACAGGAGUGCUCAUCGUGUGGGAUCCCGCUCCCUACUCCAGAGACCUGUAUGCUUGGUACAAGAAGCCAGACUUCAACUUCUUCCCCAAGUACAAGGAGUACCGAAAGGCCCACCCUGAGCAGCCUUUUUACAUCUUGAGCCCCAGCGUGCAGUGGGACCUGUGGGACGUGAUUCAGGAGAAUUCCGAGACGGACAUCCAGCCCAACCCCCCCUCCUCUGGCAUGCUGGGCAUCACGGUGAUGAUGAGCCUCUGCGAGGAGAUCACCAUCUACGAGUUCCUGCCAUCGCGCCGAAGAAGCGACUUGUGCUACUACUUCAAAGGACAUAUCAACAAGCAGUGUACCAUCGGACAUUACCACCCCUUGACCUUUGAAAAGAUGCUCAUCAAACGGCUCAACCGAGGCCACAACUGCGACAUUCACGAUUUCGGGAAAGUUUCGCUCUGCGGAUAUUCACGCCCCACCAGCGCAGCACACGAAUCCGUCAUCGUGCCGGGGCUCACAGUUCAUCAGGAGGAACGGAUGGAAGAGGCCGACAAAAGAAAGACAUCGUCACGGUAUGAGGAAGCGGCGGAGCAGUGCGCCCCCAAGAGGCCCGAGUCCAAUGAAGGAGGCUGCAGGGCUUUGCAGGGAGCUCUUCCUCCACUGUCACAGCAGCAGGAAGCUCAGGAGGGUCAUUACUGA